CUCAUUCGGUCGACUACGAUCGUGAAUAACUAAUCGCGCAGCUCCAACCUAAUCGCGCCCUCUGAAACCCACUCAUCACUCCGGGUCUCCAAACUCCACUUGGGAAACAGAUUUCACUUGCGCCGCCCGGACCAAGAAACGAAAGACUUGAGGGUAAUCUUCCGGCGAUGGCUCUUGCUCUAAACCACCCGCUCUCGCUGCCGGCGUCUCGCUUCCAUCGCGUUAAGGUUUGUGGAACCCACGCAGCUCCUUGGCAUCGGCUUCGAGUUUCCGCCACCAUCUCUCCGGAGACCGUUACGGCGUCGAGCUAUAUCCCCGCGGCUCCGAUUUUUCUUCCCGAGGGACCGUGGACGCAGAUACCAGGUGGUGUUACAGCACCAAAAGGGUUUAAAGCUGCAGGCAUAUAUGGUGGGCUGAGGGCAAAAGGAGAUAAACCUGAUUUAUCUUUGGUGACAUGUGAAGUUGAUGCAGUUGCUGCUGGAGCUUUUACUACCAACAUUGUUGCAGCCGCGCCAGUUAUCUAUUGCAGAAAUGUCCUGGACACCUCAACUACGGCACGUGCUGUAUUAAUUAAUGCUGGUCAAGCAAAUGCUGCUACAGGAGAUGCAGGCUACCGGGACACCAUAGAAUGUGCAAAUGCUCUUGCUGAGCUCCUUCACAUGAGGUCAGAGGAUGUCUUGCUUCAGUCCACAGGUGUUAUUGGUUAUCGGAUAAAGAAGGAAGCUCUUGUUAAUUCGCUUCCAAGACUUGUUGCUUCACUAUCAUCAACUGUUGAGGGGGCCGACUCUGCAGCUGUUGCCAUUACUACAACUGACCUUGUAAGCAAGAGUGUAGCUGUUGAAACAAAGGUUGGAGGAAUUCCUAUAAGAGUUGGUGGAAUGGCAAAAGGUUCAGGAAUGAUUAACCCAAACAUGGCCACAAUGCUUGGUGUUAUAACAACUGAUGCUUUGGUCACUAGUGGUAUUUGGAGAGACAUGGUGCGCACAUCCGUUAAUAGAAGUUUUAACCAAAUCACCGUCGAUGGAGAUACAAGUACAAAUGAUUGUGUUCUUGCUUUGGCCAGUGGAUUAUCCAGGUCAAAUUGUAUUUCUUCUCUUAAUAGCAAUGAGGCUCUUCAACUUCAAGCGUGUCUGGAUGCUGUCAUGCAAGGUCUUGCAAAAUCAAUAGCUUGGGAUGGGGAGGGCGCAACAUGCUUGAUUGAGGUUACUGUUACUGGUGCGGGAGAAGAGGCAGAAGCAGCAAAGAUAGCCCACUCUGUAGCAUCUUCUUCACUUGUCAAAGCUGCUAUAUACGGAAGAGAUCCAAACUGGGGACGUAUUGCAUGUGCUGUUGGUUAUGCGGGCAUUCGUUUCAAUCCUAAUGAACUUCACAUAUCACUUGGAGAUAUUCCACUCAUGAGAGAUGGUCAGCCACUGCCAUUUGACAGGGCUCUGGCUAGCAAGUAUCUUAGACUGGCUGGCGAAUCCCACGGAACUGUUAAAAUUCAUGUAUCUGUCGGGAAUGGCCAGGGAUGCGGAAAGGCUUGGGGUUGUGAUCUCAGUUACGAUUAUGUCAAGAUAAAUGCCGAGUACACAACCUGAAAUGUUAGAUAUUGCAUGUUUCUGCUUCAUGGUCCCUGGUCUUUUCACCAAUAGCUGAGGUGCCACGGCAGGAAGAGAACAUAUCACCAUUAGACUCCAGCUUCAUGAAAGGCGUCGCAGGCGAACUGCAAACAUAAUGAAAUGUGUUAUGGCGUUUUAUAUCUAUCUGCCAUAUGUAACAGAGGAAUCAAAUUGAGGUCCUUCUGCCAUGCAUUCAACAAUUGUAUCUUUGAUCAUCCAUCACAUUGAUAGAACAUCAUUGUCUCUGAUAUUA